CGCGUGCUUGAACCGAUUCUUGGAAUAAAAGGAUAACAUCAUGCCAAAAGUUAAUGUAAACGUCAAGUGGAGCGGGAAGAAGUUUGAGAAUCUGGAACUAGAUACCGAUGAGUCACCUGAGCUCUUCAAGAUGCAGAUUUACUCGCAAACGGGAGUCCCUCCUGAACGUCAAAAGAUUAUGGUCAAAGGCGGCAUGUUAAAGGAGUCCACUGAUCUGAAUAAGCUUGGCCUGAAAGACGGACACACAUUCAUGAUGAUGGGAACUGCAGGUGAAUUGCCGAAACCGCCACCACAACCAGUGCAGUUUUUGGAAGACAUGUCAGAAGCCGAAGUGGCGGAAGCAUUGGAAAUUCCUGCCGGUUUGGAAAAUCUUGGAAACACAUGUUACAUGAACUCGACCCUGCAGUGUCUUCGUGUGAUGCCUGAACUUCAUGAUGCAUUGAACAAAUAUGAAGGUGGUCUUGCUGGCGUAGACAAUCGUGGCAACCUGACGGCCAGUUUACGUGAUCUGUACAAGAAUCUCGCCAAAGCAUCGGAAGGAUUUCCUCCCCUCGUUUUCUGGCAGAUGUUGCGUCAAGUGUUUCCCCAGUUUUCGCAAACAGGUCCCGGCGGCGUACCCAUGCAGCAGGAUGCGGAAGAGUGCUGGAGUGAAGUCUUGUCUGUCUUACGAUCUAAACUGCCCAGUGAUCAGGCUUCCGACAGUAACUUUAUUGAACGCUAUAUGACAGGGCAGAUGCGAACAGAGCUUAAAUGUGCGGAAACCACGGAAGAAGAGCCGGUUAUUACCACAGAGAGUUUCUCCAAGUUGGCAUGCCAUAUUUCCAUCCAGACAAACUAUAUGGUGAGCGGUAUCCUCGAGUCUUUAAAAGAGGAAAUCGAGAAGAAUUCACCUACCUUGGAUCGUACUGCCAAAUAUGAGCGAAGCUCUCGCAUUUGUCGCUUACCUCAAUAUUUACCAGUUCAGUUUAUUCGCUUCUUCUGGAAACCGCAGGAACGUAUUCGUGCAAAGAUUCUGAGAAAGGUUAAAUUCCCAUUGGAAUUUGAUGCUUCGGAAUUAUGUACUCCUGAACUGCAGGCAAAAUUGAGCAAGGCCAAGACAAAGUUGAAGGACUUGGACGACAACCGAGAAGCCAAGAAAAGAGAAGCCAAGCGUAGAAAGGCGGAUCAUGAAGUGGCCGGUAGCAGCGCCAUGGAAACGGACGUGAUCGCACAAAAGGAAGAAGAAAAAGUCGAUUGGUCACAGUACCUCGAUCCUGAAUUAUUAGCCGAUGUUGGAUCCAAUCCCACGGGACAGUACGAACUUUGCGCUGUGUUGACUCACGUGGGCCGAUCUGCCGACUCGGGUCAUUACAUCGCAUGGGUAAAGAAGGCCGACGAUGAAUGGCAUAAAUUCGAUGACGAUAAGGUGUCCAUUGUCCGCGAUGCGGAUAUUCAAAGAUUGGAUGGCGGAGGCGAUUGGCAUACUGCAUACAUUGUCUUAUAUCGAGCAAAGCGUCUGGAAUAAUGAUUUAUAUUUACUGAUUUAUCAUUUGCACAACAUU